AAGAGGCACCCCCCAGCUUCAGCUUCAUCGCCGGUUAAACUAGUGUUGACCCCCUCGGAUCCUUACAAGCCUGCCCCCGUCGCGGCGGGCACGGGCGCGAGUCCGCCAGGGGAACGCCGCCGCUGCCACGGCUCCGCUCUGCUGCCGCACGCGCACCCAGGCCCCAGGGGGGGGAAUAAGAAAGCUUGCACGAGGGGGCGAUCCGAUUUCCCAGCCUGAAAACUGGGGUUCAACCCCCAUUCGUGCGCCCUCAGCCAUUGUACCCUUUUGCACGCCUCCCUAGGUUACUUCCUCCUGCACUCAACGCGCCCGUAUAAUACUGCCGCUUAUAUGUACUGGCAGCUACCUAACCGGCGGAGGCUUGCAGUUCUCGCGGGGCCGAGCUGGUGCUCGUCGUCGCGAUGAAGCUUGUGAUGGCGGGGGUGGACUUGGAGACGGAGGUGGAGCUGUCGCCGGUGGCCAAGGCGGAGGCCGCCGCGUUUAGCCCGUAUUCGAGUCCGAGCACGGCGCUGCUGCUGCAGAGGAGGGUCGUGGCAUGGGCCAAGGAGACCGGGUCUCCGGCGACGGUCCGCGUUCGCGUCGCCGACAGAAGCUUCGAUCUGCACAAGGAUCCUCUGGCGUCCAAGUGCGGGUACUUCAGCGAGGCGUGGCUCGAGUCCGGCGACGUCGAGCUGCCGGCGAGCUUCCCGGGCGGCUGCGAGGCGUUCGAGGUGAUCGCGCUGUUCUGCUACGGCGACGCCGUGGCGCUCGACCCGUUCAACGUAGCGGCCGUCCGGUGCGCGGCGGAGUUCCUGGGCGUGGGCGGCCUGGGCGCGCGCUGCGACCUGUACAUCAACCAGGUGGUGCUGCAGAGCUGGGACGACGCGCUCAUCGUCCUGCAGCGCUGCCAGCCGCUGCUCCCCGUCGCCGAGGAGCUCCUCAUCGUCAGCCGCUGCGUCGAGUCGCUGGCGUUCAUGGCGUGCAUGGAGAUCCUCGACCCGGAGCAGCGGCGGGACCAGCCCGGCGCCGUCGGGGCGCGCGCGCUGGUCGGGCGCCGGUGGGACGCCGAGCUCGUCAAGGAGCUCGCCGCGCGUGACCUCUGGAUCAAGGACCUGAUCGCGCUCCCGUUCGAGUUCUUCGAGCGGAUCGUGCAGGCGCUGCGGCGCCAGGGCAUGAAGGAGAAGUACGUGAGCCCCGUCGUGCUCUUCUACGCCAACAAGUGGGUGCUCUCCAAGAAGACACACAAGUUCUGGGCGACCACCGACGAGGCCGUCGACGGCGAGACCGACGCCAACAGGAGGGCCGCUGCGAUCAUGGAGGGCGUCAUCGCGCUGCUCCCCGUCGAGGCGGCCUCGGUGGCCGCGAGCGGCUCGAUCCCGGUGGCGUUCUACUUCGCUCUACUGUCACGAUCGCUCACCCUGGAGCUGAGCGACGAAAGCCAGACAAGACUGCGAGAACAAGUGGCGUCGAACCUGCAAUUCGCUCGCGUGGACGACCUGCCGCUGCCGGAGCAAGAAACGGACCGGCCCAUCGCCGACAGCAGGGAGGUGAGGGCAGUGGAGAGCAUCGUUUCAAACCAUGCCGUCUCCGUGCGAAGAAAAGGUGCGGAGGCCAUCGCCGAGCUGUGGGAUCGGUACCUUUUGCAUAUCGCUAGUGAUCCGAAGCUCCGGCCGGAGAGGCUAUCAGAGCUUAUCGGCGUCAUCCCGGCCGGCGACCGGAAGAACCACAACCAUUUGUACGAAGCAAUCAACACGUAUUUAGUGGAGCAUCGUGGUCUGUCCGGUGAGGACAAGGCGACGCUGUGCGGGCACCUCGACUGCCGGAAGCUGUCGCACGAGGCGUGCAUCCAGGCGGUGCAGAACGACCGGAUGCCGCUCCGGCUGAUCGUGCAGGCGCUGUUCGUGCAGCAGCUGCACACGCACCGCGCCUUCAGGGAGUGCUCCGACUCGUUCCGGUGCGCGCACUCCGGGGAGCUCGUCCCGGGCGCCGGCGCGUACACGCCGAGCCCCGGGUGCCCCGCCAUCCCCACCAGCCAGCCCCUCAGCGGCGGCAGCCCGUACGAGAGCCACCACGCGCCACGCGACGCCAGGCUCCGCGCCCGCGACGACGCGUCGGACUACGAGACGGCCAGCUUCCGGAUCCAGGCGCUGGAGCAGGAGAUCAUCUCGCUGAAGCGGACCCUGCAGCGGCACAACACCCUCAAGGGCUCGGCGCGCAGGGGCGGCGGCAACAAGGAGCCGAGCUUCAGGGUCGCGACUGACGCGGACGCGCCGGCGGCGAUCAAGCGGCGGGCCGCGGUCUCCGGCAGCUGCAUCGGGUCCAUGCGCUGGGGCUCGCAGCGCCGGUGCGCCAGCAGGAUCCUGCGCGUCUUCGCGAGGCUCGCCGUUUUCGGGAGGGGCAGGUCGAGGGGGAAACAGAGCAAGUGCAGGGCAGCAACAGAGCAGCUCAAUUGCAUGUAGAAGUGAGCAAACGAGGGAAAAAGGAUGAGACUUUUGCUUGUGGGGUAGAAAGCACAGAUGCUACUGUAGAUUUGUGUGUACAUAGUGCUAGCAAUGUCAAAGAUUUGGAGAGGUAGUUACUGUCAGGUGGUCAUUCAGUAGAGACGGUCCAAGGACAAGGUACUUUGUUAGGUUAGCAACUCUGAACAUCUGCAUAGUUUAUUGGGACACGAAAGUUUAGGUGUUGUUUGCACCUUAUAAACCUUGGAAAAUGGUGUUUCUCGUGGACUUCAGAAAAAAAAUGGUUUCUUAAA